AUGGCCGCCCUGCGCACCCUCCUGCGCUGGCGCCGCCGCUUGGGCCCCGCGCCCGGCGCGCAGCCGGCGCGGCGGCUGUGGGCUGGUGGCGGGGCCCAAGCGGCGGUGCUGAGGCGGUGGCGGCGGGAGCUCGGCUGGGCGGCGGGGGUCACUCUCGCCGGGUACGUGGGGUACCGGUUGUCCGAACGGCGGCGGGAGCCCUCCCGGGAACCGGCAGCCACCGAGCCGGGCGGGGCCCGGGCGCUGCUCCCCAUCCCCGUGGCGGCCGCUGCCAAGGAGACGAUUACAGAAAACAGAUCAGACCUUGAAGAUCUACAUCUUUAUGCAACUCCUCGGGAGCAACGGUUUCGUAGGUUUGCCAGUUUAGAAUUUGAAGGACAGCUGUUUAUGACUCCAUACGACUUCAUUCAGGCUGUCACAAGUGAUGAACCCAAACGUGCUAAAAAGUGGCGAUCCCUUUCAAAGCAGGAACUGAAUCAGAUCCUUAUGGAGACACCACCAGUUUGGAAAGGAUCAUCCAAACUUUUCCGUAAUCUUAAUGAGAAGGGUGUGAUCUCUUACACGGAAUAUUUAUUCCUCUUAUGUAUUUUAACAAAGCCACACGCAGGUUUUAGAAUUGCGUUCAACAUGUUUGAUACUGAUGGCAAUGAGAUGGUGGACAAAAAGGAAUUCUUAGUGCUACAAGAGAUUUUCAGGAAAAAGAAUGAAAAGAGAGAAAGAAAAGGAGACGAAGAAAAACGUGCAAUGCUGCGUCUUCAACUUUAUGGAUAUCACACUUCUACUAACAGUGUUCUUAAAACAGAAGGAGAGGAUGUUGUCCCCAGAAGCUACUGGGAUACUUUGAGACGUAGCACAAGCCAAGCACUCUUUUCGGACCUUGCAGAGCGUGCUGAUGAUAUCUCAAGUUCACUGUCAGAUACUACAUUGCUUGUGCACUUUUUUGGCAAGAAAGGAAAAGCUGAACUGAACUUCGAAGAUUUUUAUAGAUUUAUGGAUAACCUACAAACUGAGGUUCUAGAGAUAGAAUUCCUUUCCUACUCUAAUGGAAUGAACACCAUCAGCGAGGAAGACUUUGCACAUAUUCUUUUGAGGUAUACAAAUGUGGAAAAUACAUCAAGUUACCUGGAAAACAUGCGUGGCACAAUUCCUGAAGAAAAGGGUAUCACAUUUGAUGAGUUUAGAUCAUUUUUCCAAUUCUUGAACAACCUAGAAGACUUCACAAUUGCAAUGCAAAUGUAUAAUUUUGCAAGUCGUUCCAUAGGUCAAGAUGAAUUCAAACGUGCUGUGUAUGUAGCCACAGGUGUGAAGCUUUCACCACAUUUGGUGAACACAGUGUUCAAGAUUUUUGAUGUCGACAGAGAUGACCAGUUGAGUUACAAAGAAUUUAUCGGCAUUAUGAAAGACAGACUCAAUCGUGGGUUUAGGGAGACUCCGAAGUACGGUUGGAAGGACUAUUACUCUUGUGUGAUGACUGUAACCAGUGAACAUCUCAGAGAUCUAUGGAAGCAAUUCCGGAGACGAGAUAUGCUGAGAUAAAGGAAGAAUGAAGGAAUACCUGCACUGGUCAGAACUAUUUAUUCCUGUGAAUUCUUUAUUAAGAACAGACUAGCCCAGGUGAAUCGUGACUCUUCCAGCUGCAGUAAAAAACACAGAUCUUCUUUUCCAGUUAGUGUAGUGAUCAACAACUAUUACAACUGCUUUUAAGUAUGUAUUUUAUUUAAAUGAUGAACUAUCACCUGAUUGUCAGAAGUCCUUUUUUUGAAGAACGCAUUUUAAAUAUUAUUUUUAUUAUUUGUAGAUGUGUUUGUCAUUUCAAACGAGAGAACUUGAGUUUUACACCUGGGUAGGCAAAUGUUUUUUGUCAGUGAAGAGGAACAGCCUGCAUUAGCUUAGACUGUGAAUUUACUUUCAGAAGAGCACUAUUAAAAGUUUGUGCUAAAUUGAUAAUGAGAAUACAUUAAGUAGCAUAAAAAUUAUGUAUGAGUCGAAUGUACAAAUUAAACUCUAAGAUGCUACCAAAGCUGUUUUAAAAAGAGUAAAGCUGUUACACAGUUACAAUGUGAAUGACAGGUAUUUACUUAGGAACGGUACUGUAUGGACUAUAACAUUCAGAUUUUACAAGUCUUAUGUUUAUUAAUUUAUAUAUUUUUUAAAUAGUACGGAUUUUAAGGUGUCUUAUGAGCACUAUGUUGAAGAAAAGUAAAAAUGUUCAAAUUUAUGUUAAGUAACACACAUUUUAUAAUAUUUAUUAUAAAUUUUAUGGCCAUACGUAUAAAUUCACUGGUAUAUUUCUGGUAAAGUAAAACUUCAUGUGUUUCUUGUGAAUAGUGCACUUUAAUAUGAAGUGAGAUGUGGCACUGAAUAAAAAUUAUAGUUGUCUAAUUUGCUGCUCUGUAGUAACUGAAAAGUAGACAAAUAACUUGUAUUGAUGUCAAAAAAGCAAAACAAAAUGUAAAUGCAUGUAGCAGUACAGAGCAACACUCACUAAGUCAUUUUCAUAUCACACCUCAAAUAUUAGAGAUAAAAUAGGCCUCACAAAGGUUACGGAGACAGGCAAUCAGUAGCCACCACAUCCUGUAGGUUUAGAAUCAUAGAACGGUAGGGGUUGGAAGGGACCUUUAGAGAUGAUCUAGUCCAACCCCCCUGCAGAAGCAGGUUCACCUAGAUCAGGUUGCAAUCACCUAGAUCAGGUCGCAAUGUUUAGGUGUUACUGAAACAGUAAUAAGGACACUGUUACAUUUGGUUUUCACAUUCUCAUAAAUUUUUUCUUUGCAAUUCAGCAGCAGCAUUUUUCCUUACUCGCUUUCAAGAUGACUUAAGUGAUGUGAAUUAAACCCAAACAAACACAAACAUACAUUCCUCAUAUCCUUCUUGAAAAGGUUCACUGGACAUUAAAUAGGUCUGUGUCUGUUUAGGAAUAAUCUGUGCCUUGAAAUAUUUCUGGCUGAAUACACACACACUAAAAUUAAUGUCAGUAAAUUGAUACCAGAAAGGCAAAUGUUUGGUGGAGUUUAACAAUUAAAAUAGAACCAAAAUAAUGGUUUUAAAUCUUUUAUUACUCCAAAUACAUGUAAGUGAACUUUUCAAAAUUGUAUGUAGGGCAUAUGUUAUUCAAAUACCAUCUUAUGUCACACAUGAAUAGAAAAAAUGUAUAGCACCUGUGUAAGUACACCGAAGUUUAGAAAUGUUUAAUUUGUAAGAAGAUUUAUUACUGCUAAAGAAUGAAAAGGAAUUUAAAAGUUCUACUCUAGGAAUUUUAGGGAAAAAAAAUGUGCUAUGUGUGGCUUUUAUGUGAGAAAAAGACAAUUCAAAAAUCUUUCGAAGGAUGCUACAUCAGUUAAUAUUUCAUCAUAAAAACUUGGCAAAUUUCCAUCUUGGCGUCCUUAAGCUACCCUCAACAAGAUAAAAAACAAAUAUGUUAGGAUAAAGACAAAACAGAACAUGGCUCUAAUCUGCAAUCCCUGUAUGAUCAUUUCGGGAAUUAAUGGUAUUCAAUGUAUCGUCUCGGUACACAAACUGUCUCACUGUUUCUUGUCAGCAUACACAAAACCCAAUUUGCUGCUUCAGUGAUGAAGGACAAAGGAUAGGGAGUUACUGAAGGGGUUCCCCUCCCUCCUCUUCAUUCACCACUGCCAAUUCAGAGUGAUCUUCCCCUUGGAGGAUGCAGCAGCACCAUCAUCAUUUUGCUCCUCCACUGCCCUAGGCAAUACUGCACUUUGCUUUUAUGGCUGGCUUGAGACAAUUUUACUGUUUUUCUAUAUACUUCCUAACUAUAGUAACUUAAUAUGAAAUAGAAUGUGAAAGUGUCAGAUUAGUUUUUAAGAGUAUUUUUUCUCAUGUUUAAUAAUAAGUUAUUUAAUAUGAAUAUAUGCAUCUAAUAUUCUUGUUUAUUUCAAAAUAAAUACACUCUAAACUAA